CUCCACAGUUUUUGCAACAACUUGCGUGACAGGAACCGGGUUUAUGGAAAAUGCCCAACGACUUGCCGUUGCUGCCUCCGAAGAAUCAGCACAAACACUUGGAUAAAACUAUGAUCUCACUGCCGUCGGAUUUCAGGCAUUUGGCUCAUGUCGGUCCAAUGGGAUCAUCGGAAAUUGAAAAUCUUCGGACGAGCGAUAAUGUGAUUGAUACGGUUAAUGAAAGCUACUACAUAAGACCCUCCUCGUCGAAUAGUACACUCCGAUCGCAGAGAAAAGAAAAAGAUAGAGUUGGACUAGAUGAUGCUUUCCCAUCAGCUUCAAAAAGUGAAGAAGAGGUUGAAGUUGUCAGAGGUUACGAGAAUCAACCAACAUCCCACCAAUACAUAAAUAUUGCUCCACCACGUCCGAGCAAGAAAAAUUAUAAGGCUCCAGCUCCCCCUACUCCUCCUCCACAGAACAGCAAGCCGAAUUUGAUCUUCAACGCCCAAGACGACGAGGAGGAAACAUCAGAAAUCUCAGAGCAACCUGUAGUUUUUCGGUCAAUCUCCCACACUUCGAAUAUCUCAACACACAUAGCUCCACCUCCAAAAAUCCAAACCGCCGACCGAAUCGUUGCACCGAAGCCUAACUCUCUGGUGAUCGAAAGACCGGGUGAUCUUGGUGGUGCUUUUAGUUUCGGUCUCGAUGAUUGCAUUCCAAUUGUUAAAAGUACACCACCUCUCAAUACACUUUCUCCGUUGCAUCGGCCUUUGGCAAUCCCGAAGAAUCAGGAGGAGACACCGAUAUUGAGUCCGGCGAGUCCGCCGGAUGACUCGAAUUAUAUGUCAACUAUUCGGAGCACAUCCGUUCAAGGGAGAAAGAUCUUGGAUGAGCUUGACGAUUGGUUGGAUGACCUGGAUGAUCUCGAUAGGGAUCAAUUAUCCACAAUCAGUACUGACGAAUCGGGUUAUCCGACGCUUGCACUAGAAAAAGAUCGGGCUUUUAUGAAGCAUUUGGUGGAGAAGUAUGAGUUGGGGGUAGCUCCAGAGACAAUUAGACUUCGGAAGAAAAAAGGACCGGCUCCAAAAGCUCCAAGCCUCCCUCCAGACCUCUCCUCUCCAACAUUCCAAGCUCCAGGAUUUAUUCCUGCGUUCUCCGCUCGGCCUGUGAGUAUGCCUCCCAACCGACCACCUCCCUCAUAUGAAGCUCCAAGCUUUGAUGCUCCCGAAGCUCCUGGUACAGUAUUAAUCAAUGGAAGAGCCUUGACAAAGCAAAAUGCGCUAGACCUCCGCUCAAGUGACGAAAGUGGAGUACCUCCUGCAAUUGCCAGGUUCUUAUAUGAUAAGAGGAUCAAGUCAGCAACAAUGCCAAUGUCCAUCGGAAGAAUGACGUCUUCAUCUGGGAACACGGAUGUUUCCACUACCUCGUCAAGAUCAAAUGCAGAUACUGUGUCAAGUAUUCUGUCGACGGUUGGGGAGGAUGAUGAUGUGGAAGUUCUGAAAAGGGAUCGGGAAGUUGAAGAAGAGUUUGUACCGCCCGUGCCAAAGCCGAGGAGCAGAAAGACGGUCUCAACGGAACCGUUAAAAGAAGAAGAAGAAGAAAAUGUCGAAGAGGAGAUAAAGGGCGAAAACGUGAUUGGGGAGGAGUUUCAAGUGGUGGGAGAUACAAAAAUAAAUGAUGAACAAGAAGAUCGGGUGGAAGCGACAAAAGACAAGAUUAAUGACGCUUUCAUCAUGCUUCCACCACCUUCAGCAGCCGCAAUGAUCCCAUCAGAUUCAGAAUCCGAAGACGACGAUAAUUUCAUUAUUACUCGAUUUUAAAUUAUUUGUUUUACUUAAAUUCUUAACUAAACUCUAGUCAAUUGUCUCUCUACAUUCCAGUGCCAAACCACCAUUCCAUUAAAAAUAAAUUUC